UGUCAGAGCUGCACAGAACUGGCUCGAGCCGAGGGACAGAGAGAUGGUGGGAAGAGGGAAAAUCUGAUCUGGAUAACUGCGUAGAAACUCGCCCGGGCUAAGUUAACGUUUCCUGGUGCGUUCACUUGAAGGGAUCUGUUCGGAUCGGAGGAGUACGGCGUGCGUGCGUAAUUUGGAAAUGCACGAUAACAUAUCGUUGUCGUUGAUUGUUUCAAAUUAAAAUGCACCUCUCCCUCGCGGGAAGGCGUCAUUCCAUGGCCACAUGGCGUGGGAUUAUUUGACGAAAUCUUGAUGUUUUGAUUCAAAUAUGGAAAUCUAUGCAUUAUGCCAAACUACUGCCUCACCAGUGUGUCAUUUUAUUGUAAACACUUAACGCGCGAAGCCUCGCAAAGUGGGAACAAACCGAACGCUGCGCGCGUAAUGGCUCGCCGCUCCAGUCCGGAUUUUCCACGUGAGGCUCGGCGGAGCCCUGGAGGUGGAUAAGCUGGUGGAGCCCGCUCUCUCUCUCAUGCCAUGCUGGGCCACAAGGGCUCUGCGAGACGCUGCUGCACGUUACCGAGAACCGGGAUGGAGGAGAGGCGGAGGGGGGGAAGGAAAAAAAGUUUCGUUUAAACCUGGCAGAGAAACUCUCAACAUGAAGCUGCACUGACGCGCCGUUCCGCCGCCGCCACAGCAACGCCAGCGCCAGAACGAAGCUCGCCUUUCCAUUGAAUGUAUCUUUCACCUCUCAGCUUGUGUGUGUAUGUGUGUGUGUGUGUGUGUGUGUGUGUGUUUUUCUUCCUCUCCCGUGUUAUUUUUUUUGCGUGCAAGGCUGCUCGGGGCUCGCUGUCACUGCCGCGCUGAGAUGUUGGAGUGACCAUGGCUGCGCAAGUGGCGUCGGCUCCGACCAGAACUAAUAAUAAAAAUAAGAAAUUGCCCAGCGGUCUGGGUCCGGAGCUCAAUUCGGGGAAAUCCGGAGGAGGAGGAGGAGGAGGAGGAGGGACCGUGCAGCGAACUGGGCCGAUGCUGGGUGCCGGAGAUGGGACUCUGAAUAAUGUAGACCAUCACCGCCGAAACGAGCUCAACAUGGUCCAUUCAACUUCCACGACACACAGCGCACCGGACGGCCGCGACAAGGAUGGGAAUCACAUUACGGCCGCGUCGGCGUCCACCAAUUCCACCACUUCCUCGAUGGAAACGGGUUUGAUCGCGAACCACAAGCUGAAAUGUGCGGGGAGCGGAGAUCCCCCUCAGUCCCAGCCGCUGCCUCAGCAGCAGCAGCAGCAGCAGCAGCAACCGCCGCAAUUCGGCCAAUUUGCGCCACAUCAGCAGCGACAGAUCCAAAGUAACAACACCUCGAACAACAACGGCCAGGGGCCCCGCGGAGACCGGGCCAUGGAUCACCAGCACCACGGCGGCAAAGAGAACCUGCUGGGGGGCCAGGGGGAGCCGCAGCAGCCGCACAUGCCAGGCAAAGGUGAGGGGGAGCUCACCUGUAAGCCCGCGGAGAGGAUGGCGGCCACCAGGUACGAACACCCCAACUUGGGGCCAACUACCAACAACUCGGAGUUUAAUAACAACUAUUACACCCCGAGGCCCUGUUACGAGCAACAUGGCGGAGGGCAGCAGCAGCAGCAGCAGCAGCAGCAAAGCGGUGGGAUGGGGAUCACGCACUCCUCGGCACACAACCGCAUGGAGAAUUCCCACGAAGCGGGGUUCCACAACAGCCAGUACAACCAGUACCCGGCCUACCGGGCGAGCUACGGCGGCGGGGCCUACGGGAUGAUGGGCCCCUCUGGGUGCCGGCAACCCGGGAACAUGAUGGGCAGCAACUCCUCCGCGAGCCACGGCAAGUCCCCCCUGGGUGCCGGCUCGGGGGCUGGCUUCCAGAGGUUCCCGGGGCCAACUCAGCAGCAGCAGCAGCAGCAGCAUCCGCAUCCCUCGGGGGCCACCCCGACCCUCAACCAGCUGCUGACCUCCCCCAGCCCGAUGAUGCGGGGCUACGGCAGUGCCUACCAAGACUACAGUGGCCCCGCGGCGCAGCAGCAAGCCGGUAUGGGCCUGGGGAAAGACGUGGGGCCCCAGUACGGACCCGCUUCGGCUCACGGCUGGGGAGGACAGCAGAGGAACCAUCCUCAUCCAAUGAGCCCCGGCAACGGAGGGCAAGGCCUCGGCAGGGCGCAGGUGUCCUCCAUGGACUUCAUGGCCAUGAAGCGAUCGCAGCUGUACGGCAUGGCCAACAAUCCUUACUCCACUCCACAGCAGCCCGGGGGUGGACCCUACCCCCCUAGCCAGCCGUACACCUCGCCUCCUCCACACCGAUAUCCAAUGGGGAUGCAGGGGAGGAGCCAGAUGGGCAUGGGCGGGAUGCAGUACCCUCAACAGCAGCAGGUGGCGCCGUAUGGCCAGCAGGUGAUGGGGGGCUACAGCCAGCAGCAGCAGCAGCAGCAGCAGGCAGGGCAGCAGGGAACCCCUCCGUACUUCAGCCCCCCUCAGCAGACCCCUCCAGGCCCGACCCAGAGCCCCUACCUGCAGCCUCGACCACCACCACAACAGGAGGCCCAGCAGGAGAGCUACAACACCAGGGGCUCUGCUCCAGGGAAUUCUGGGAAGGCCAACAAUGAAGACAGCGUCUCCCAGGACCGCCCCUCCAGUCUGCCGGAUCUGUCCGGCUCGAUUGACGACCUCCCCACGGGGACGGAGGCCGGCCUGGGCUCGGCCGUCAACGCCGGUGGCUCCUCAUCUAGCAGCAGCAGCAGCAGCCAGGGGGAGCAGGGAGGCGCCGGCAACCAGGGACAGUCCCCUUUCUCCCCGCACGCCUCCCCACACCUCCCCAGCCAGAGGAGCGGGCCCUCCCCCUCCCCUGUUGGCUCGCCCGCGGGCUCCACUCAGUCCCAGCAGUCCCGAUCUGGCUCCGGACCCAUCUCUCCUGCCAGCGGACCCUCCGCCAACACCGCCGCUCCGGGUUCCAACGUGGCCCCGCAGAGCUCUGGAAACGGACCAGAUGGAGCCCACCCGCCAAUCCCCCGCUCGCCCAUGGCUCAGGAGAGAGGAUUCCUGUCCAACAUGCAGAGGAACCAGGCUGGCUCCCAGUUUGCUUCUCCUCAGUCCGGACCUUCCAUGUCCCCGCACCCUUCACCUGGGGGCCCGUUGUAUCCUGGAAUGGUUCCCUACUCCCAGAGUGGCCCCGCAGGCCCGUAUGGACAUCAAGGAUCACAGUAUGGCCAUCAAGGUAACUAUCCGCGGCCCUCUAACUACAGUGGGGCGGCCAGUACCAGCUACAGCGGCCCAGGCCCCGGCAUGACCAACAGUCUGGGAAUGAAUGCCAGCAGCCCCAUGCACGGCCAGGGUCCCGGCCAGCCCAUACCCGUAGGACGUAGCCAUGGCCCCGGCAGCCAGAAUAGGGUAUACCCUCCAAUGGCUCCAAGCUCCCCGAGCAUGCCUCAGCCAGCUGGGCCAGGGAUGGGCCCUCCGUCUUUGGGUAGCUCUAACCGCAAGGCUCAGGAGGCAGCAGCGGCUGGGAUGGCAGGAUCUGCCAACUCAACACACACCAGGCGGCCCGCGUAUGUAAGGUCCCCGGCCCAGAUGCAGCCAACCCAACCCACCUCCUCCCACUGGCCUGCACCUCACCCUGCCUGCACCCGUCCUCAUCCUUCACCUCCACCCAGACCUCACCACCCAUCCAUCCUGCCACCCUCACACUCACAGCACCGUAGGCAGGGCAGCUAUCCGGGCCCCGGUGUCAGCCAAGCAAGCACCAUGGCCACCACUGUCCCCUACAGCCAGCCAACAGGCAACAACAGCUCCGCUAUGGGAAACGCACAAGGUCCAGCCUACAUGCCGCCUUCAGGACCCAUGGCGAUGUCAGGAGACGGCAUGGUGAGCCCAGACGGGAAACCCAAAACGGACGUCAAAGAUGACACAGGGCCCGCCAACGAGCCUCACAAACCAAAGCUACAGGACGGCUACAGCAACAAUAACAGCAGCAGUGGCUCCCAGCAGUGCGUGUCCCAGCCGACCACGCCAGGCGGUGCCCUGCCCGUACCCUCCCCCCUGUCCCCCAGCCCGGCCAGCCUGUCGUCCUACCACGGCGACGACAGCGACAGCAUCAGCAGCCCCCCCUGGCCACUCAAGACCCCCUCCAGCCCCAAAGCCAACCCUAACGCCUCCACCCUCAGUGGAGAGCGAAUCGCACGCCUCUAUGAGCUGGGCGCGGAGCCGGAGAGGCGGGGCUGGGUGGAGCGGUACCUGACCUUCAUGGAGGAGAGGGGCACGCCCGUUGCCCAACUGCCCACCGUGGGCAAGAAGCCGCUGGACCUGUGGAGGCUGUACAUUGCCGUCCGUGAGAUAGGAGGCCUCGCCAUGGUGAACAAGAACAAGAAGUGGCGCGAGCUGUCCACCGCGCUGAGCGUCGGCACGUCGAGCAGCUCCGCCAGCUCGCUCAAGAAGCAGUACAUCCAGUACCUGUUCGCCUACGAGUGUAAGAUGGAGAGGGGAGAGGAGCCGCCGGCAGACAGCAGCAACAGCAACAGCAGCAGCGGCGGCGGCAGCGUGGCUGGAGGGGAGAACAGGAAGCAGGUCAAGAUCCAGCCGCCGUCACCUGCAAAUUCUGGCGGCUCUCUCCAAGGCCCACAGACGCCCCAGUCCUCGGGCAGCAGCUCCACAGCAGAGGCAGCAGGGGAUCUGAAGCCCCCCACACCCGCGACCACCCCUCUGGGACAGGUCACACCGCUGCCCCCCAACAGGAGUAGUGUGAGUGUGCAGGACCCCUUCUCGGAGGUGAGUGACCCGGCCUUCCAGAAGCGUGCUGCCUCACUGCCCCCCUCAGCUCCUUACCAGCAGGGCCUCAGCAUGCCUGACAUGAUGAUGAGGAUGCAGUACGACGCCAAGGACCCCUUCGCCGGGAUGAGGAAGAUGGCAGGAGCUGACCCUUACAUCCCCGGCCAGAUGCCCGGUGGUGGUAUGCAGGACAUGUAUGGUCGACCCCCAUCUGCCCUGAGCAUGAGCCAAAGGUCACAGUAUCCGUACGGGCAGGGCUUCGACAGGAGACCGGACCACGUGAUGGGGAUGGAGGGGAGCAUGGGUCCCCCCGGGAGCCAGAACAACCUGGGGCCUUCCAACAGCGAAGGCAGCAUGUACUCUCCCAGCAGAUACCCUUCACAGCAGAGACACGACGGAUACGGUCAGCAGUAUCCCAGCAUGCCAUAUGGGAUGCAUCCAUCUGGGAUGUACCCACAACAGCAGCAGGGCUAUAAGCGGCCCAUGGACGGAAUGUACGGCCCCCCACCGAAGAGACACGAGAGCGACAUGUAUGCCAUGCAGUACGCCAACCAGCAGCCGGACGUGUACAACCACUACAGUGGAGGGUACUCGGGCCCUGAGCACAGAGCCUUACAGGGACAGUUCCCCUACCCCUACCCCCGCGACCGCAUGGGCCCCUCAGGACAGAGCCAGCACAGUUUGAUGGGUGGGGGGCCCACUCCGAACCACGCUGCCGAUGGGCCCAACAUGUGGCCAUCCAGGACAGACAUCGGCUAUCCCUACCCCAACCGGCAGGGGCCGGCUCAGAUGCCGCCUUACGGCUCGAUUGGUCGGGAUGACAUGGACGUGCGGCCCGGGCAGGAGCAGUGGCACCGUCAGUCCUACAUGUCAUCGUCAGGGGGCAUGACUCCCCUGUCGUCACGCCAGCCCUCAUCUUACUCCAACUCCCCCUCCAUGGCCAACCACCUGCCCAGAGCACCCAGCCCGGGGGCCUUCCAGCGCUCCCUGGACUCUCGGAUGUCACCCAGCAAGGUGCCGUUCAUGUCACCCAUGAAGAUGCAUAAGCCCAGCAUGGCCAUGAUGGGCUCCCAGGGCAGUGGAUCCCUGGGUCAGUUUCCUCCCAACCUGAGGAGGGACCUCAACUACCCGCCAGGAUCUGUUGAGGCCACCAUGCCCGUCCUCAAGCCCCGUCGGAAGCUCAUCUCCAAGGACACUGGAACGCCCGAGGCGUGGCGCGUCAUGAUGUCUCUGAAGUCCGGCCUGCUGGCAGAGAGCACGUGGGCUCUAGACACCAUCAACAUCCUGCUGUAUGACGACAGCACUGUGGCCUCCUUCAACCUCGCGCAGUUGCCUGGAUUCCUCGAGCUCGUCGUGGAGUACUUCCGCCGCUGUCUGAUCGAGAUCUUUGGCAUCCUGGAAGAGUUUGAGGUGGGGACUGUAGCUCACAAAAGCCUUUUGGAUCCUCCCUCCAACCAGAAAGAAGAAGAACCCAUCCAUGACCAGGAAACAGACUCUGCUGUGCCACCUGAAUCAGAAUCAGCCUCGGGUGUGGAGACGCAAGUGGAGCAGACGGGAGGCGCCGCGGAGGAAGCUCCGCGGGUUGCUGCAGAGUCAGAAUCGGCUGUGGUGAACGGCGAAAAGGAGGAGUGUGCGGCAGGUGGAAAGAAGGAGGACAAGAACAAAGAAGAUGAAGACAGGGAGGAGAAAGAAGGAGAGGAGAGUAAAAAUGGAGCGGUGAGUAAAAAGGAGUCCGUGGACCAGCCGGUGGCGGAGCUAGAACCGAAACCUCAACAAGCCAGCAAAUACGAUAAGCUCCCAAUCAAGAUCGUCCAAAAGGAGGACCUGAUAGAAGACAUGACAGAGCGCUUAGGUUACGUCACUGAGUUCACCAGCGGGCUGCUCCACUGGCAGGCCGGUGGGGGCGAUUCCACUUCACACAUCCAGACACACUUUGAGCCCCGGACUGCACCACCUGCCAGGGCGGAUGAGAAGAUAAGGAACGAGAGCAGGCAGGAGAACACGGCGGAGGACGGAAAGAAACAGGCACCGAAACAUAUCACUGCAACCAUUGACGAUGUUUUGUGUGCUCGGGUUGACGCCCUCUCUUACGCCCACCCUGCACGCUCCUUGCCAUCCUACCCCUUCCGGGUGCACCCGGAUGGGGAGAAGGACCACAUCACCCUGCUGGAGGACGAGCCCCGCUGCCUGGACGAGGCUCCGCUCUCCACGUUAUCCGGCUGGCAGGACUCGCUGUCCAAGCGGUGCCUCUGUGUCUCCAACAUUGUCCGGAGCCUGUCCUUCAUCCCGGGCAACGACUCGGAUAUGUCGCGCCACCCUGCUCUGGUCCUUCUCCUGGGCAGGCUGCUCCUGCUGCACCACCAGCACCCAGAGAGGAACAGGUCGCCCCCUGGCUACCAGAGGGACGAACAGCGGCAGCAGGGCCUGUCGAGUAGCAAAGAGGAGUGGUGGUGGGAGUGUCUGAGUCUGCUCAGGGAGAAUGCCAUGGUCACGAUGGCCAACAUCUCUGGACAGCUGGACCUCUCCACCUAUUCGGACACUAUCUGCCUCCCUGUCCUGGAUGGCCUCCUCCACUGGAUGGUGUGCCCCUCAGCAGAGGCCCAGGACCCCUUCCCAUCAGCAGCACCCCACUCCCUGCUCACACCUCAGAGGUUGGUGCUGGAGUGCCUCUGCAAGCUGAGCAUCCAGGACGGCAACGUUGACCUCCUGCUUGCCACGCCGCCUUUCAGCCGACAGGAGAAACUGUUCACCGUCCUGGUCCGUUACGUGGGUCAAAGGAAGGCCCAGGUGUACAGGGAAAUGGCUGUGGCCGUCCUCUCCCACCUGGCACAGGGAGACCCCACAGCGGCACGUGCCAUAGCCAUGCAGAAGGGCAGCGUGGGUAAUUUGGUAGGUUUCCUGGAGGACGGUGUUAGCAUGGCGCAGUACCAGCAGAACCCUCACAGCCUACUGCACAUGGGACAUCCCCCCAUGGACCCGCCGAGCAUAAACAUGAUGUGCAGAGCAGCCAAAGGCCUUCUGGCCAUGGCCAAGGUGGAGGAGAACAAAACAGAGUUCGUGCUGUACGAGAGCAGAUUACUAGACAUCUCCAUUUCUUCUGUGCUCAGCGCGGGAGUGGUGGACAUCAUUUGCCAAGUCCUCUUUCACCUAGGGAAAUUAUGACAGGAGGAGAGGCGGGACUUGCGCGGCCGACCCUGAGGUGAACGAGAUAUUUCCAUGUUUUUUUUCUAUUUUUAUUUAUCAAAAUGACAGAAAAUGUUUGUUUUGUUGUUGUUUUUUUUAAAAGGAGUAUCGACAUUGACAAAAUAUAUAUGUACAGCUUCUGGGCCCUGUUUGAAAAGAUAGUGGGUUUCGGGAUUUGAAAGCUCAGUUUAAUACAAAUAUUUAAUAUCUGCUGGUGUUGGAUCGCUGCGUUGAACAUUUUGUUUUGCAUUUUGUGUUUGUUUGUUUACUUUUUUCAGCCAAAGCUGCCACCAGAUCUUGGUGCUGAAUUACAUGGUUCCGUUUGAGUCGACGAGUCAUCGAUGAUGUUUUUCAGUUUUAUAAAUGCUAAUAUACUCAUCAACAUUUUGUUAACGGAGAGUAUUUAUUUAAAAUGUGACACUGUACAGUAGUUUGAACUUUUUUGCCAACAGCUGCGGGGGAAGAAAUGCUGACCUUUUUAAAAUUGAAAUGUAUACGUCUCCAUCGCUGGAAGAUAAAUUGUGCAAUAGGACCAGAGCGAGUUGUCCAUUUUUCGAGAAGCAGUGGGGAAACAUAAAUCUGCAAAAGACACCUGCAGUGCGCGCUGUAGGCCACGGGGGGGCAGCAUUGCACCAGCCAAUCAACACGAGAGAAGAGCAUCUGUCAGAGGAAGUGUCUAGUUUAUCAGUCACGGCCUCAACAACUGUCACAGAUGAACUUUGUGUUUCCUAAGCACUUGUGUCAUGUCUGUACUUUUUCAUCACCGUGUAUAUAAACCGUUGUACAAUGGACGCACACGAUUCUUUCAGUCUCUAUCAAGCAUAGCAAGAGAUGGGACUUUCUGACUAUUAUAACAAAUGCUUUUAUUGUUGGUAAAAAUUUGUUAUUGUUACUAUACAUAUUUUGUUAAUGGGGUCAAAUAUUCUGAACAUGGCAGAUGUAACUGAAGUUUCAAUGUAAAAAAAAAAAAAAUCCUGUAUUCAUUGUAUUAUAGCUGAGAAAACAAUCGCUUUGGUAAAUCAAACGUGGAAGUGCCAGGGUGCGGGGAUAUCUGGGCGAGGUCACACGGGAAAACCUGAACACAUUUCUGUUUGUUACUGUCCUCCAUCCAUGUCAAUGGGCAUAUUUUUGAAUCUAGAUAAUGCUCGGAAAAGAAACGUCUGAAAAGAUCCUUCAAAAUGUCCUGAAAGCUCAUUGUAAAAAAAAAAUUGCCUUUUUUUCGUAUGACUCCAUGUCUCUCUUUUAUUCAGUAUACACAUUUAUACUCUGUGCUGCACAUGUCACAAAAAUAAAUGUACGAUGAACAUCGUUAAACACCGGAGACGUUGCAUUAUGUCCAGACAAUCUUAGGCCAAUAAAACAGACAUCAACUGCU